UGAUUUCCAGCUAAAAUACACCAAUGCAACAAAUGACAUUUCACUUUCAAUUUGGCCACGAGGCUCGAAAUCAUUUGGGGCGAAACGGUAGAUGUUUCUUCACGUGCAUGAUUACAGAUUGUGCUAAAUACUCUUCAAUUGACCUUUUUUCCCUUUUUAGGAUCAGAAAUUCUUCAUCAAGGGAGAAGUGUAUAUCCUUUUACCUUUGUGAUUCCAAAUAUAGAUAUGCCUUCGUCCUAUGCGGGCAAAUGGGGAAGAAUCACAUACAGUUUACAAGCUCAAUUGACUCAGUCCAUCUGGAAGAUACACAAAACCAAGAUGGAGUUCCCAUUUCUUACCAAGUCUGAGUUCCCCUUUGCUUCCAAAUCACAAAUGUUGAUUGUCGGACUGCAAGAGCGGCAAUGUGCAACCAAAAUGUCCUUUUCUGGCUGUGGGAAGGUGACUUUGAAUGUGACUUCAGAGAAAAUGGGACUGACACAAGGUGAAACGAUGGACGUUUCUGUUGAAGUAAUCAACAGAUCGAACGGUGCAGUGACACCCAAAGUCUUCCUUUGUGAGAAGCAAAUCUUUGUCGCUCGGGCGGAGACUAUUGUGCACACAAAUGAGAUCCUCUUCGGCACAGGAGAGUCCGUCCCAGCUCGGACCGCUCGCACCAUAAGCAAUGUUUUGAGUAUCCCCGCACAGCUCUGCCCCACCUUCUUCAACUGCUCCAUGAUCAAGCUUGAGUAUACACUCAAGGUAAAGAUUCUGAGCCACGGACUCCACCGAUUACCUCCAAGCAAGCACCAAAUUGCGCAACUCGUGUUAAUGCCCCUUCUGUCAGGAUUCAGGUUGCAAGUUGGACCCAGAUGCAGAGAGGACAGCGAGGUGGGUUUGUGAAUCAAGGUUUAUUGCAGCUUGGAAGCGAACAAAGGAACUCCGAGAACUAAAUCAGGGAUUGGCAGUGUUCCAACGAGGACCGGUCCGGCAGGGUAGGAGUCCGCGUUGUCGGUGGGCCGCAAGAGGUGAGCACUGGUUCGCAGGGAGCAAGGGCAGAUGGCAGACUGGGGACAAAGAACAAGGACUAGGUCGAGGUAACUCACUAGGUCUUCUGAAACAGCAGCCCUGACACCUUCUUGUUCCAACAUGACUGUGAACCGGUGCGCAAAGAAAGGACAUGGAUGAGAGAGUUUGGCGAGUGUGAUCUUGACUCACCUGCACGU